AUGACUAUAGUCCAAAGGGUUUAUGUUGGGAAUGUCGUUGAGGAUCACGUCGACACUUUGGUCGAGUUGAAACCGCGUUUCGACCGUUUUGGACGCUGUCUGUCUGAGACUUUCGAGAGCCAUGGUCAUUUCGCUUAUAUUACCAUGGAAUUUACCGAUGAGAGCGCAUUUCUGAAACUUAAGAACAGUCUCAACGGGGUGAGGUUCAAGCGUAAUGUGCUUCGGAUAGAUCUGGCAAAACCUAGCUGGCGAGAACAACGGGAAUCCGAGCAAGAAGACGAAAAUCGAAUCAAUGCUGAGAAACAAAAACAACUGUUGAAGCAGCAAUGGGAGUACCACAAGAAAAUCGAAAACAUCCAAAUGAACUGGAUCGACCGACAGCAAACUAUCCAGGGCAGAAUGCGUGAAAGCGUGAGACCAAAAUCGCAACUGCGAAAUGCCACUUUUCGAAUUUUGCAGGAUGGCCGCUUGAAAGUUUACAAGUGCUUCAAAAAUAAGCUGUGGGGUUACGAACGUAACAAACAGCCGCGUGAUCUUGUUGCCCGGUUCACAGAUCGUCGCCAUUGGAGAGAUGGCAACGAUCAUAUCGUCGAUAAGCUCGACUACUCUCGUGCGUCUUCGUGGAGCAAGCACCAACGGCCAGAAGAACUACUUCGAAGCCGUGACAGCGGCUCUACAGAUCGUGAAGAUCAGGAGGUUCCGCUUGACAAGACACGCGACGUUUUAGACGACAUCCUGGGCGGCUUCGACUUCGAUAAACCUAUGGUGCUCCAAGAAAACGAGGACGAAGAUAUAAGCGAUUCGUCUGAUUAUGAAUUCAGCGCACUCUAUCGCGAUGCGGCACGCGAGAAGGUCCUACAACCGACAGAUCAGCAAAAAGAUAUACCGAAAACUGAGGAAACGCCCGCAGAACCAGAGAGCCAGGCAAAGGAGGAGUUCACUUUCAAUUUCGAAGGAAAAAAGGGCAUGAACAAUGAACUCGUUCCGACAUUUGGCAUUGAGCCUUCAAAUCCUGAAACUAACAACACUGAGAAUCUACGGUCAUUGUUCAAUCCUGAAGAUGCGGAAACAGCGAAUUUUAAAUUAAUGCGGGAACCGAACGAAGAUAUCGAUGUUAAUAAAGCAGUUCACGAGCCCGAAGCACCGGCUCGGUCUGUUUUCGAAGACAUAGCUGUCGAGUCACAGAAUAUCGAGUCCCAAAACACGACGAAAGGUCUUUUCUUCCCCCACUUUGCAUCGCCCUUCUUGCAUUCUCAGUCUCAACUGGCUAAACUCAAGACCUCGAAUGAGCUUGAUAAACUGUUUGCAGAUUGGGAUAAUGAGUUCUGGGAAAACCGCGCCACUUGGACUAAAGAGAUGAAACGUAGAAAGAGAGACGCCGUAAGGCAGUACCGUAAGAAAAACUCGAAGUCUAAUGGGAAUGGACUUCUGGUGUAG